AUGGAUGAGGCAACUAUUCAAGCUGGUCUUAAACGGUAUUUCAAAUUCAACGAAUUCAAGUCUGAACUUCAAAAACGGGCAGUAACAGAGAUUUGUCAAAGGAAACAUGAUGUUUUGGUAUCGAUGCCGACAGGGUCAGGAAAGUCCUUGUGCUAUCAGUUACCAGCAGUAUUGCAUGAAGGAAAAAUCACCAUAAUAUUUUCACCACUACUAGCUCUUAUAAAGGAUCAAAUUGACCAUUUGAUUGCUCUGAGGAUCAGAGCAGCUUCCCUCAAUUCCAAAAUAAGCAAUACAGAAAGAGAGGCACUAAUUGCUGAUCUCAAAUCAACAUCACCAAAUACUAGGAUACUAUAUGUGACCCCAGAACAAGCUGCCACACCAACUUUCAAAGCUUUAUACCAAAACUUACUCAAUUUCAAUAAAAUAGCAUACCUAGUGGUAGAUGAAGCUCACUGUGUCAGUGAAUGGGGGCAUGAUUUCAGACCACAGUAUCAAAAAUUGGGAGAGCUUAGAGACAAUGUGGAUGUGCCGUGUAUUGCCCUGACAGCUACAGCAAAUGCAGAAGUGACCAAAGAUAUAAUAUCAAGCUUGAGAUUAGCAAAAGGAUACAAAUUAUUCAAAACGUCCUGCUUCCGCUCCAACCUAUUCUAUGACGUAUACUUCCCAAAUAUGCUGGAAGACUCCUUUAAACACCUUAAAGACUUCAUAUCUGAGUGCCUUGACGAGCAAGGUGAAAAAGACCUGCCCAAAGACCAGAAAUCCUGUGGAAUCGUGUAUUGCAGGACCAGAGAGCAAACGGAAGUGCUGAUGGAGAGAUUGAACAAGAUGGGCGUCAGAACUUUGUGCUACCAUGCCGGUCUGAAGACCAUGGAAAGGACCACUUUCCAGGAGAAGUGGCAAAACGGCGAUGUACCGGUGAUAUGCGCGACUAUCAGCUUUGGAAUGGGUGUCGAUAAAGCCACAGUCAGAUUCGUCGUUCAUUGGGGCAGUCCCAAAGAACCGGCCUCUUUCUAUCAAGAAUCGGGCAGAGCGGGCCGAGAUGGAAAGCCGUCCCGCUGUCGGGUGUACUACAACAGGUCUGACAGCAAAGCGAUCGAAUUCCAUCUGAUGCAGGACUUGGCUAGGGCGGGCAGUAAAGAGAACAAGAAGAAACGUAUGGAGCAGACGGUGAAGGGAUUCAAGAAAAUACUAGAGUUUUGCGAAAAUCCAACCGAAUGUCGUCACAGGUUAUUCUCGAAUCAUUUCGGAGAACCCCCUCCCAAAUGUAUCGAUAAAUGUGACUUUUGUGUGGACAAGAAGAAAGUCCAAGAAAUGGUAGAACAGUUCCUGACAAAGAGCAUUCAGUUCAACACUAAAGCGACUACAUAUUCUGAGACUGAUUUCACAGACAUGUAUGGAGGAGGAAGAUUAGGGAUUUCUCAGGAGCAAGAAAGCUAUGAAGAUUCAGAUGAAGAGCGGCAUUCAGCUUUUGAAAGAGAAAAAGAAGCCAAAAAAGCAGCCAAUGAUUUCAUCCAUAAGCAGUUUGCUCUUAGGAGAAAUCAACAGGAAGUAUCUCAGGAAACAGUUGAGAAAUUGUUUUCCAAACAUUGCCGGGUGAAAGCAGCCAGUUCAACUUCCACCAAAAUCAAAGGUCUGACUCUUCCUACUAGAGAGCAAUAUUUGACGCGAUUAGUGGAUGUCCUUAGUGUAAACUAUACUGAAUGUCAAGAAGAACCCACUUUGGACAAACAAGAUGUGGAAGAUUGUGCAGUUGAUGUGGAAUAUGAAAUUUUCACGGUCAACACCAAUAUGACUAUGUACAGGAGUGCUAUGGCGAAAAUGAUUUGUAACAUUAAAAAAUGUACUGCCGAUCAAUUUGUGUACGAAUCUCUGUUAACGUUCGACCCGAAGCCAGCUAAAAAUGAAACUCUAAGUGAUCUGUUCCGAAAUAUCAAGAAGGAACAGCAGUUGAAAAAACUGGAUACAGUUGAGAGUGUUGAUACAGAGGAGCUGCUCACCAAAGUUGCUUCCUUCCCAAUCUUCCAAACAGCCAGACAAGUGCUGCAUCAACAAAACAGUAAACCAACUGACAGUCAGACAAAAAUAAGAGAGUUUUUCCAGAAACCUAAAACUGAUUAUAUAAAUUUGAGAGACAAUCCAACUGAAAACAUGUUGAGAAAUGCAGGUAACAGAAAGGAUCUGAAAAGUCUUUUUGGUGAUGAAGAGUCUGAUGAUGAAAAUGCUUCUGCAGAAGAAAAACCUUCUCUUAAAACUCCCCCUUACAGCUGGAAUUCAGAUGAUAGCAAUCAUUCUGAGAAAAAUAACCACAAGAUUAUAGAAGAGAAUGACAAAAGAAGGAGGAAGAGUACUGAAGAGCAGCAAGAAUUUGUUGAGGAAAAAAGAAAAACACAUCACCAUAGAAGUGAUCACAAAAAAAAGAAAAAGGAAGAGAGAUCACAUGAGGAAGCAAAUGUUAAAGACCUGGAAAGUCUUUUAGAAAGUGAACAAGAAAAAUACAAGGAAGUUAUUGACUUGUCUGAGGGGAAUGAGGAAAAAAGUUGGAAACGAUCUCACAGUACUGACAGAGAUGAAGAUAAAAAACGGCAAAAAGACAACCAGCAAAAGAGGAAUCACAGCCCAGAGGAGGAGAUCCAGAAAAGCAUUAUUGCUCAUAGACCUGUUGAUAAUCCAGUGAUAAAGUCACAAAAUGGUGAAGGCAGCAGAAAGCCCAGACUGAAAAAAGCCGAAAUUGGGGGCCUUGUAGUCAAAUUGUUGACACCUGCAUAUGCAGAAAAACGAUUUGAGUCUAGGGAGGUCUUCAAAACAUUUGCCAGAAAUAUUUCCCAUGCUUUAGCAGAUAAAGAUGAACAGGAAAUCAAGGAAUAUGUAAGGAAAUUCCUUGGUAGAAAUGGGGAAAUCACAUCACAAACUACCCUCUAG